AUGGGAGGUUCUGGCGGCGAGCAAGAGCGCGCCCCUCCCCUCCCCCUCGAAAACUUGUCGAAUUUCAAUUCACCCAUCUUCUUGAUUGUUGCAUUCAUCGACUGUUGUAACUACACCACCAUCAUCAUACAAUUGCGCCCGACUUCUGUAAAACCACCUGUGUACGAUCACCACUAUACUACACCUAAUACACACACCAAGGAACGUCCUUUCAAGUGCCAGAAAUGCAAGUCGACUUUCGUCCGACGCGAUCUCCUGCUUCGGCACGACCGAACGGUUCACUCUGUGGAUAAGGAUAGUGCUCGCGCAUUGCAACCAGAGACACGCAAGAAGUCCGGUCCAAAGACAUCGUCCUCAACGACGACGCCGUCCAAGCCAGCCAUCUCCAUCGAGCCGGGUACAAUAGAGCAGAUUGAAGCAAGCAGUGAGGGUAUGAUCGACCUCGAAACAGCUGCCCUUUUGAUGACCGACCUAAAAAAAGGGUUUGCAGUUGCGAACGGUGCUCUCCAUAACGACGAAGGUUCGAUACCAGAAUACUCGCCCGAUCGCAGUUCCGUCCUCGACCCGGGAGACUACCUGACUGGGCCUACUGGUAUACCGCAGAUGCCCUGGGACUUCAUGCCCACCACUGGCGACGAAAAGGCACAUUCUGUAACCUCUAGCGCGUCUUCAGAAGAUAACAGUUCGCAGCAACCGUUCGUGCACAUGGGAUCCAUUCAGCCAGCACAGUCGCAACUCGGCAACAUUAUGGAGCGACAGGAUUCUCUGGGAGUCUCCAUGCCGACCGCCUUUCCAACUCUCACCGAUACAUUCGCCGCAGGAAGUCCGACAGCUCACGCCCUCUCGCCGUUCCCUUCCAUGACCGGACCUGUGUCUCCUGUCAACUAUCGUCGGUCGCCUGGACCCAGCCAAGCACUAACACUCCCCAAAGCUCCGCAACUACCUGGUGAUCAACAGCGGGCAACCAUUGCCGGUAAGCUGGAAGAAGGUAUGACCCUGCCUGCUACCGCCUCGAUCAAUCUUUACCUGUCAACGUACUUCAAUCUCUUCCAUCACCACAUGCCGUUCCUACACCCUGUUUCAUUCCAGCCUGAGACCGCCGAGCCCGCUCUAUUACUUGCCGUCCUGUCCAUCGGCGCUCUAUACAACUUCGAACAAGACCAAGCAUUCAAUUUGCACCACGCUUCCAAGAAGCUUGUCGGCGUUUUCCUCUCGAAACGACACGAUUUCGAUUCUCGAAAAUGCCCUCUGUGGUGCAUGCAGAGCACCCUCCUCAACAUGUUGUUCGAGAGCUGGAGUGGAGGAUCACAGGGCCUCGAAUGGGCCUGCUCUAUGAAGAGUUUGCUGGCGAACGUGGUGGCUGGCAACAGAUACGAACUGAAAUUGCGAACUGAUGCUCGUCGCGACGCCCCACCUACGCACGCUGAGUGGGUUGUUGACGAAGCUGUCGCCGAGUACGACUCGCUCCCGUUGCCGUCAUCGGAGUCUUUGUGGAACAGCGAGCCUGCGGAUGAAGAGGCCUGGAACGAAAUCUACGGCUUGUCUACCACAAUCACUGUCCGAGAAGCUCACGACAGCCUGUUUCAAGGAGAUCCCACUCGUUACAGUGCCUUCGCCACUCGCGUCAUGAUUAACGCCCUGUACCUCGAGGUGUGGAAUCUUCGACGAAGCUUCGAAUCGCUGCAAGACGUCGUUCUUGAAUGGAAGAUCCGCAUUGCCCUUGAGACAUGGCAGAGAUCCCUAGAUCAAUGCGAGCCUGAGACAGUUGUCGUUCCUCUGAGCACACCGCAUAAGAGCCAUCCAUUGAUUUUCAAUUCAAUGGCUGUAUAUCGCAACAUACGCGCAUUCCUGGAGGUGGAUCUCAAGUCAGUCCAAGAGGCUCUUCGUUAUCACAACCCUUACGAGAUCGCUGCCGCUAUGACACUAUCUCGGGAGAAUGUGAAAAGGUCGAAGGAGAUGAUCAAGGUCAUCGAGCAAUGCUACGACUGCAUCGAAAUAGUUGCUAUACAGGGCAUCAACUGGAUCACAAAGACCUCAUCUACAAAUUGGUCCGUGGAGCAGUAUCUCUGCGGCCUUGACCUUGUCACCAUCCUCAGUCUCUGGCUCUACAGGAUUGAGCACGACGACCAGGAAGCUUCGGAAGAAGAGCUGGCUAUGUACAUGAAAGUGCGCUCCUUGUUCGACGACGAGGCAGUCGAUGCCAAUGGUUCUCGACUCAGCUCGACCGUAGCUCGAGUAUGGGGCACUAUGCUCGAUGGUGUUGUCGUCUGGGGAAUCUCCAAAACUAUGGGCGAAUCCUUCAAGCACCACGCCCAAGCGUUGAUAGGCUAUGUCGACGAGAUUGACCUGUCCGCCGUUUCUGGUCUGCCUCAGAUGCACGAUCAAUCGAUGAUGGCGAUGGAGACAACAUACUAA